UGCCGUUACUUAAUUUUCAUGUGACGUUCAUUUAGGCGCUUGAAUUUCGCUUUUAUCUCCAUAGAGCGUCCAAUGAUUAUGACUACCAGACAAAAAUAAUCUGUUUUCGCGAUGUUUCAAAAUACCAUUGAAACAGAAAUUUAAGCAUCUGGAAGGACAAACUUUCUGCCUCCAUUCGCGCGGACGAAUAGCGAUGAGUAUAACAAGAUGGUGGAGAAACCUCUGCUGAAGUUCCUUCAUAAAAAACGCUGAAAGCCCGAAUUUCCAUACGAAAUGGUUGAGGUUUCAUUUGAGGACGAGUCAGUGACAGGGUUUUCCUCACGUGCAGACUGCAGAAGACAGAAAACACGUCAUCUUCUGUUGGUGUGCCAUUUUUUGUUGAAUGGUUUUCCAUAUAAAGAGACGUAGAGGUUUCUCUGAUAAUUAAAUCGCAACACAGUCUACCUUACUACUUCGCACAAAUCGAGGUGACGAUUGGGAAAAACGUGAUUAUUGAUAUGAAUUCCAAGUCGAAAUUAUUGUUUUAUAUAAAGGGCCAAGUUGUGCCAAGGCUUUUGACUUACACAUACAUAACAUCAUGCAGGAAGUUGACCUGUUGUCCAUCAAGAAAGCUUUUGACAGGUUGUAGUGCACAAGAGCAAGGAUACACAAACCAGAGAGCAAAAUUUGUAACCCAGAGUGCACAAUGUUUAAUACAGAGAGCAAAAUUAAUGCAGAGUGUGAAUUGGUUUGUGCAGAAUGCAAAAUUAUUAGGUCAGAAUGGUAAAUUUCGAACAGAAGAUAUAAUGCCUCCAGCCCAAAUUGUUCUACAGGCGAGAUUUUACAGUUCAUCUGUAUUUGUGAGUGACAGACAUUCUGAUUCAUCGUCUAGUUUCCAGUUUGACCAUGACCUUGAAGAAAAACUUUCUGACAUUGAGAAGUUGAAGACAAAUUUACAAAGGAGAGGAUUACAUAUUGAUGUUGAACAGUUGAGGAGAGAUUACCUGGAGUAUGUUGAGUUACAUAAAGAGAAAUUUAGACUUGAAACAGAGAGGGAAGACAUUGCCAGACAGAUUGCUGUCAUCGUUGCUCAACAAAAGGAAAGUAAAACAAAGUCAAAAGAACAGAUUUCCCAAAUGAAGAAGCUUGUUGAAAAAGGCAAGAAUGCAAAGACACGUCAGAAAGAACUUAUGGGGAAGUAUUGGGAUGUUGAAGAGAAAGUGAUGAUUAGUGCAUUAUCCUUGCCUAGCAACCUCUCACAAGAUGUUCCUGAAAAGCUGGUAGUUCUUCAAGAAUGUUUUGAAGACAGGAAGCCUGCUGUACCUGUUGAUCAUGAUGAAGUAUUGAGGAAAUCACAGAUGGUAAGAUUAAGUAAUGUUGGACACAGUGCAUACUACUUAACUGGUAGGUUAGCGGUAUUAGAACAAGAACUUGUAAACCAUUUCUCAGCACAUCUCCGAUCAAAGAAUAUAACACAGAUGUUGGCACCAGAGAUGUUUAAAACUCCUGUAGUGGAAGCUGGCUGUAUUGAUGUAAUGGAUCCAGCUUCAGUAUACAGAUUGCAAUAUAAACAUGGUACCAAACAGAUAACAGAUUGGGAUUCUGACCACAUGUUUCUGCAAGGGGCUUCACAGCUGUCAUUUCUAUCAUACUUUGCAAAAAUGUUGAUAAGUUCUGAAGACCUGCCAGUCAAACUGUUUGUGGUUGGAAGGAACUAUAUACCAGAAAACUCGGAGACAAGUAGUUUACCAGGUUUAUAUGGGGUGUUGCAGUCUAUACAGGUGUGUUUGUGUGGGGUAUGCAGCACCAGGGAAUCCUGUGGUCAGGUCAUGGAACAGUUUACUGAUAUACUGACUGAUAUUUAUAAGCAGUUUGAACUACCUUUCAGACUGGUAUCACUUCCUGCCUGCUCACUUACUGCUGCAGAAGAGAACAGAAUAGAGUUACAGAUCUGGGUACCCAGUCUACAACAGUAUCUGAAAGUGGCAUCAGUAUCAAUGUGUGGAGACUACAGCAGUAGACGGUUGAUGAUCAGGUGUUCACACAGUACGCGGAAGUCUUCCUCAAACCCAGUGUAUAUGGUUCAUUGUGAAGUAACAGAUGUAACAAGAAUGAUAGCAUUACUUCUGGAGUAUGGACUCGCAGACAACACAUGGGAAAGAUGACAUUAUACAAACCAAAUACAUGUAUCAGGAUGAAAGGAUUUUCAGUUUCUACACAAUGAUUUUCGAUACAGGAACACAGCUAUACAAGGAUUGUUCAGACAAUUAGAAGACUAAUUCAAGAAAAUUAGUAAACUGUGAUAUUGUGAACUGAAGAGUAGAGUUGUAUAGAGUUCUGGAAAUCUAAGAAAAUUUAUCUUUAUGUUGAGCUGAGAAUAGGAAAUUUUUAUAUGUAAGGAAAACAUACAAAAACUGUUCAAUAUAAGUGAUGUACUGAUCUUUCAUCCUGUCACUGAAUCAGGAAUAUAUUGUUCAUGGUGUGAUUGUGGAUGAAAGCUUUCAUCAUACCAAAUUUUGACAGUGAACUAAAUCUGGUGUUAUGUAGAUGUUGACAGAAUUGCUAUUCUUAUUAAUAAAUGUGCAUGUAAAAUGAUUUCUAUUUAGACAGAUUAUGUUGUAUUUGUAUAUCAUUGGCAAUACAUAAACUGUCAGAGAAAUAUUACCGAGAAAUACUAGAGUAACAAUUAUGUUGUCCAAAGUCCAAAAUGUUAGGGGCUUAAAUAAAUUGCCAUAAUUGAUACCUUUGAAUUUGAUUUUGAUUAUCUGGCUACUAUAUGUAUAGAUUUGAAACUUGUUGUGGUUGCAUAAAUUGGUUUUGUUACUGGUUUAUAUGAUCUGUACACAACCAACCUAUUAAAUAGAAAAUAAAAAA